ACUGACUUGUUCUGUGUCCCUCAGAUGUUCAUCACCUGUCACCUGAGAGUUGCUGCAGUGGAUCAGGGAGAUUCCAGGAAUAAAGCUUGUACUUUCCAGAAGCUGCAGAAUAUUUGGACCCCAUUGGAGGAGUCCGACAGUGACAUUUGUGCCUGCUGCCAUGUGGGGAAUUGUGGGAGCACAAGAGAGAUCCUGAUCCCUUUCAGAGGAAGGAGAGACCUUGGUGCUGAACCUGAGAGUGAAGCUGGAUUGGAGGGGGAGGCCUCACUUGGCCCCCUGAUCAUCCUGGAUACUGAGCUGACCAACCUGCCAACUCAGCCCCUGACUGAGGGUGACGGAAAGUUGCAGGAGAGGUCUCCGAGCGGUGUGGAGUCAGUGCUGGUUGUGAUGGUGGUCCUGACUGUGACAGCUGUCUGUCUGAUCUCUGCUUCAUUGCUGGCCUUGUUCCUGUACAGGAGACACAAGCAAACACCCAUCAACUGGUGAUUGGAAUAGUCAAUAAAGCAGUGAUUCAUGGUG